AUGUUGGGCCCUAUCUCGACGUUUGUCAGCAAGACCCCGUCCGCGCCGGCUGUAGUCGCUUUUCUUUCCAUUGGCGUAGUACAAGCAAUCAUCAUGAUGGUCCUUCAUGGAAUUGUCGUUGUUCAAUGGCAGGCCUUCUUGAAGCCAACUGUUCUGCAAGUGCCUGGGGGCUACACAGUCCCGACCAAUUUUGCUAUUUUCCUGUUUGGCUUUAUUUUCCAGCUGUUGUUUAUGUGUGAUGCCGUACGGCUGAGAAACACUGCCCAGGCUAUGCUGUCCUGCGUGCUCAAUGCAGGCUUCCUACCCCUUGCCAUUUUCCAGAGGGUAGAGAUCAAAGACGCAGAAGCAUCGCUCAGGGGGUCUACAGAUAUCAAUGGUGACUCUUUGGUCUAUCUGGACCAGGAUCCUUGGUCUAUUAUUGGCAACAUCUUGUUUGCCAUGCCUAUCAUCAUCGGUGUCUUUACCCUGCUGCUCUUCAUCAGCGUUUGGUACUUGAAGCAGUACUUCUCUUGGCAGUCGUAUCGCAACGUCGGCGCGGACUCCAAGCUAAGAAAGAUGCGCCUUGUGUACCAAAUAUUUGCCAUGUUUGCCAAAAUGGUCAUAUACUUCAUUGUUUGCUUUGAGAUCAUCAUGGGCGUAACCCAGCAUCGGGCUCAAGGCACUGAAUUCAUCAUCCACAUGGUCAUUCUCGGAGUCGCUGUUGUGGUUAUUGGACUGUCCAUGAUAUGGGCCAAGUCCGAGAACCGUAUUGGCAUGAUUGCCUCGAUCUCGGCUUAUCUUGCCGGUCUUGCCUACUUCAUAUAUAUGCUCGUUGCGAUGAACACUUCCAAGAGAUUUGGAUCAGCUGUCAAUGCAUUGACAGCCUUUGCCAGCAUGGCGAUAUUGUUCAUCUUGCUGACGACCAUAUUCGGCAUCAUAUGCCUUAGGAACUUCUGGGGUGGGUUGAAGGAACACUUGGGAAAGCAUGAAGAGGGAUGGGAUAACCAGUCACGGAUGAACGACAUAGAACUUGAAACCAGGACCGGCUUCCAAUAUCAGAAUUUGGAAAGCAAGUUGGAUCUUGAUAGCUAA